CGCUGUCGCUUCCUGGUUUGCAGGGGGGACUGCCGUGCCGUGCAACAUUUCCGGGACUCGGAGAGUUGAGUGAUGGUCAGUCGGAAUUCAGUCGCGCGGGUCGCUGAAGGAUCAUGCUGAUUCUCAUCUCACGGUUAUUAUUUAUGGCGGCGGUGUGGCGCGUGGCGGAGGGGAAGACAUCUCUGCCAUAUCGAUCAGAUGGAACAUGUGAUACAGCCACUGAAUAUUACGCCAAAGACUUGGGACUGUGCUGCAGUAGAUGCAAACCAGGGACUCAUCUGGCGGUUAUGUGCACUAGUAAUUCAGACACCGUCUGUGAACCCUGCCAAGAUGGACAGUACUCAGAAAAUAUGAACCAUUUUUCUAACUGUUUCUCUUGUCCAAGGUGUAAAGAAGUGAAAGGACUGAUGUAUGGCACAAACUGCUCUGCUGAUACCAAAGCCGUUUGUGUUUGCAAGCCUGGGAUGACAUGUUCUAAGUAUAAUUUCGAAAAAGAAUGUGAGGAAUGCAGAAGAUCUAGAUCCUGCAAACCUGGUCAAUUUGUCUUCAAAGAAGGGUCAUCUGUUAGGUGUAUGCCAUGUCCAACUGGAACGUUUUCAGACCGCACUAAUAGUGAACAGUGUAAACCACACACAAAAUGUGAAGGCAGGUCAGUUUUAAGAGCUGGCGACUCUACAGUUGAUACACUGUGUGAGAGGAUGCCACCACCACCACCAUCAACAGCAGCAACAACAUCAAAUGCUCCCCUUCAGAGUUCACCAAAGCGUACUAGCCCCCAAAAACCGGGUUCUAUUUGGGGAAAAAUGCAGGCAAUUCAGCUUAUGAACACCACCACCACCACCACCACCUCAACUGUAGUUCUAUUGAGUAGAGUGACAACAGACACAGCAGGGUAUCAAGAUUUCAUGAUCUACUGCUCUGUCGGUGUUGGUAUUGGUCUGGUUGUGCUCAUAUUGGGAGUGAUGGUGAUUACAUGCAUGUUACGAAAGAGGAAAGGUUUACAGAAGGUUCCGAUCACAGAUGACAAGAAGGUAGAGCAGGAUCCCUCGGCGAGCAGCACACCUGAUUAUCAGCGUCUGUUACUCGUCGACAGGUGCCAGAAGGAGCCGUCCAUGACUUCAUCGGACAGCCAGAGUCAGCCAGACUCAGGUCACAGCAGCGCUGACUGGCUGGACCGCACCAGUCAGGAGUCCCUACCAGAGCAGCCAUCCGUCUCCAGCCCCAUGGUCAAUCUCAGCAUCACGGCCACCUUCAACUGCCAGCUGAACCCCACGACAGCGUCCUGCUCCAUCCCCAUGCUGACACCCCUGACACCCCACGCUGAAGCUCCGGUGCCGCUUUCUCAAGAAGAGGUCUGUGUAUCCUGUCAGCAAGAGGACGGCAAAGAAGCUCUGCGCUCAGUGCAGGAGAGCGGCCUGUGUGUCUUCUGAUUGGAUGCUUUACUGACCAAAUAUAUAAGUUUAGAUAAAUGCAUAUGCAAAUCCCUAAAUGCAUUGUAAAGUUAAACAGAUGACAUUAAUUGCAUUAUUUUAAAACUAAAAAGGAAUAAAUCAGCCCAAGAUGAAAAUGUGCUCACCCCCAGGCCAUUCAAGAUGUAGAUGAGUUAAUGGGAACAGAUAUAGAGAAAUGUAAUAUUAAAUCACUUGCUGACCAAUGGAUCCUCUGCCAGCUAAAGCCAACAAAACUGACUCGUUAUUGUAAUGUAUUGUACAGUUUUAUGGUUGCUAUCUCUAUUCAGUACUCGUCUAUAACGUUUGACACGUAAAAAGUUUUUAAACCUCCCUGGUGAGACGAAAUGAAUGAUGAUUCGAUAUAUAGAGAGAUGUAAAGAUAGCGCCCCCCAGUGGUUGUUGUUUUCUCUACCUCCCUUGCAAAUGUAUUAGGUGUUUCACUGUUUAUAUUUUGUCAUAUUUUUUUAUAGACUUGUGAAUGAAUUUUGUGGGAUUACAUGAGAUGAAUGAAAAAUAAGCAAGCUUUCUAUUUACAGCACAGGUUGCCCAAUACUUUUAGAUAUUAUAGAUCCUAGAUAUAAAGAUAUAACAGUGGAGAAUCAAUAUUUUGUAUGUAUUGCGUUGCCAAGUAUAUCAUCAAAGAUUUUGUUGGAAUAUAGGAAUGUAUAUAGUUAUUUUUGUAUUUUUUUAAACUUGUAUAUAUGUUGUCAUUGUAAAAUUUUGUAUAUCCACUUAUAUAAAGCAGUAUUAUUCGCA